UGUGACUGCCCGGGUUGACUGAGGUAGAGGCAGACGUUGGCCGCCCUGGAACCAGCGGCUGCCGCUGGCGGGGCCCCAAUGAUGCCACCUGACAAAUCUGUCUCAGCAGCUCCAGUUUUUCAGUUUACCAACUGCUGGAUUUUGAAGAACCACAAGCUACAGAGAGAGGACUUGUGGGUGAGAAAAGGACAGAUCUUGAACCCAGAGAAGCUCUUCUUUGAUGAGAAGAGGCCGGCAGACGUCCAACUGGACUGCAAGGGGAGUAUCCUUGCACCCGGCUUCAUUGACGUCCAAAUCAACGGAGGUUUUGGAGUGGAUUUUUCCGUGGCCUCAGACACCGUCGGAGCAGGCGUCUCACUGGUCAGCCAGAAGAUACUGUCCCAUGGAGUGACCUCUUUCUGCCCCACUUUGGUGAGCUCCCCCUCGUCUGUAUACCACAAGGUUUUGCCCCAGAUCACCAUACAAAACGGAGGCCAAGAUGGUGCUGGAGUCCUGGGGUUCCACCUGGAGGGUCCUUUCAUCAGCAAGGAGAAGAGAGGGGCUCAUCCCGAGAAGUGCCUUCGCACCUUUGAGAAGGAAGCCUUCCAGGACGUGCUCGCUACCUAUGGCUCCCUGGAGGGCGUCCGCCUCGUCACCCUAGCCCCGGAGCUAAAGAGGAGCGGCGAAGUGAUCCAGGAACUGACCAAACGGGGCAUCCGUGUGUCACUAGGUCACUCCAUGGCCAAUUUAUCUCAGGCUGAAGAGGCUGUCCGGCAAGGGGCGACCUUCAUCACUCACCUCUUCAAUGCCAUGCUGCCUUUCCACCAUCGAGAUCCCGGCAUUGUGGGGCUGCUUACGAGUGACCAGAUUCCACCAGGUCGGCAGGUGUUCUAUGGCAUGAUAUCAGAUGGGAUCCACACGAACCCUGCUGCUCUGCGGAUCGCACAUCGGGCCCACCCCAAAGGACUGGUCUUGGUGACAGACGCCAUUGCUGGAAUGGGCCUUGCUCCGGGCAGACACACCUUGGGCCAGCAGGUGGUUGAGAUGGACGGGCUCAACUCCUACGUGGCAGGGACCAAAACACUGAGCGGAAGCACUGCAAGGAUGGAUGUCUGUGUCCGGCAUUUCAAGGACGCUACAGGGUGCUCAGCGGAGGUGGCUCUGGAGGCUGCUUCUCUCCAUCCUGCUCAGCUGUUGGGAAUCGAGGACAGGAAGGGGACCUUAGACUAUGACACAGAUGCAGAUUUCUUGCUGUUGGAUGACAGUCUCCACAUCAGAGCUACCUACAUUGCUGGCCAGCAGGUCUGGAGACACGACGCCUUCGUCCUCUGAAGAGACCUGAGCAGGGAUAGCAAGUGGCAGAAGCUUGACCCCAACAGAUAGGUGGCACCUCCAAGCCAAAGGCUGUUCCUCUCUCUCUCUGUCUUUCUCUUGCUCCUCUCUGGGAGGAACUGUCUAGGAAUGAACUGAGCCACCACAGAUGGUCCUGACAUCUGGCCUGCAACAACUUUUGUGUUCCUGAGAACUUUGUGUCUUCCUCGCUCUGGCCCCACCUGGUGGGCUGGGGGUAGCUGCCUGCUUUGCUGCCCAUCAUACACUGACUUGGGAGGCUUUCCACCAAUCAAAAUGAACCAUCUCCCAUUCAUUAUGGGUGGGCAGAGACCUGGGCCUGUCUUGCAAAUGGUGCGGCAGCAUGAUCAAGGCCACAGCCACAGGGAACUUGGCCAUUUUUCACCCUCAGUGCCUGCCUUCUCUGUUAACAUCACUUGAUGCUCAAAUGGCACCUUGUCAACAAUUAAAGCCAGUCUAAGGCA